AUGCAAUCUUUCAAUAAAUUACCAUCAUUUGGGGAUGAUACUUUAUCUGCCUGUAUUCAGGCUGAAGUAAAAAAUAUGGAUAUUAAUAAUGGUAGUAAUAUGGAUGUGUACUUUCAAGAUAGUACAUUUCCUUCGAAGUUAACAACUAAGUCCAAUGAUAUUGAUAAAGUUAGUCGAUCAAAACAAAUAUCACAUACUUCAACUAAUAUUAAACCCAAUUUAAAUCGAAAUAAUUCAAAACAUAAAGAAUCUAGAAUAAAUAAUAUUUCAAAAUCAAAACUUGCUACUAAAACUAGUAUAUCAAACAAAUUAACAAUUAAAAAAAUUACUUCCAUAAGAAAGAAUUGUGACUUACUAAAAAUUAACAAAGAAAAUAUUAAUACUAGUGCCAAUCAUAUAAAAACUGAUACUUCUAAUAAAAAUACAUUGUCGAAACAAUGUAGUAAGUCUGAGUUGUCAUCUUUACUUGCUAAUAAUAGCAGUGUUAAAAGUAAUAUUACAACAAAUAAUACAACCAAUGUAAAACUGUGUAACAGUAGUAUUGCUAUAAGUAACACAGAAAAAUCUUCAGAAUCAUGUUCUUCUAUCUCUAUUAUACCAACUCAAGAUCGGUACAAAUUAGGUUCUUGGGGUUUACCACCAAACAUUCUUCAGAAAUAUGUAGCACGUGGAAUAACCAAUAUGUUUGCCUGGCAAGUAGAAUGUUUAUCAAAACAUAAAGUUAUUGAAGAAGUACGUAAUUUAGUAUAUUCAGCUCCAACAUCAGCUGGAAAAACUUUGGUAGCAGAGAUUCUGAUGAUAAAAACAGUAUUAGAAAGACGAAAGAAAGUGAUUUUUAUUUUGCCAUUUGUCUCUGUUGUUAGAGAAAAAAUGUACUAUUUUCAAGAUUUGUUAUCUGAUAGUGGUGUUCGAGUAGAAGGAUUCACAGGUGGUGUUGUACCUCCUGGAGGAUUUGCAGCAACUCAUGUUGCAAUAGCAACAAUUGAAAAAGCAAAUUCGUUAAUAAAUCGUCUAAUGGAAGAAAAUGAACUAGUCAAUUUAGGAGCUGUAGUUAUAGAUGAAUUACAUCUUGUUGGUGAUCCAAAUCGCGGAUACCUCCUUGAAUUACUUUUAACGAAAUUAAAAUAUAUGACCUUUAGGAAUGAAAAUAUUAAUAUACAACUGAUUGGUAUGUCUGCUACGCUUCCAAACAUAUCUCUUUUAGCAAAGUGGUUAGAUGCUGAACUGUAUAAAACAGAAUUCAGACCAAUACCUUUAAAUGAACAAUGCAAGAUAGGUAAAAAUAUUUAUGAUAGUAAAUUACGUCUUAUAAGAAGCUUAAUCCCAAUGCCAGAAUUAUCCAUGGAUUCAGAUGAUAUUUUUCAUUUAUGUAUUGAAACAAUUUCGGAUGGACAUAGUGUACUAAUUUUUUGUCCAACAAAAAAUUGGUGUGAAAAACUAGCUGAACAAAUAGCUGCCGCAUUUUAUAAAUUAGGUCAAGAAAAUACGCAACUGGGUAAAACUUUAAGAGAUCAACUAGAUUCUGCAUUAAUUUCUGAAACAUUAGAACAAUUAAAACGUAGCCCCAUAGGUUUAGAUAAUGUAUUAAAAAAUACAGUUUCAUUUGGUGUAGCUUUUCAUCAUGCUGGUCUUACUAUGGAUGAACGCGAUAUUAUAGAAGGCUCUUUCAGGUCUGGAUCUUUAAGAGUUCUUAUUGCAACAUCAACCUUAAGUAGUGGAGUAAAUUUACCUGCUAGAAGGGUAAUUGUUAGAUCUCCAAUGUUUGGUGGUAGACUAUUAGAUAGUCUUACCUAUAGACAAAUGAUAGGACGCGCUGGUAGAAUGGGAAAAGAUACAGCAGGAGAAAGUAUACUUAUGUGUAAACCAAAUGAACAAAAAGCAGCUGAAACAUUAUUAUCAGCUUCUUUGAAACCGAUUCACUCUUGUCUUGAAGAUUCGGGACCUUUGAUUCGAGCUCUUUUAGAGGCUAUUGCUAGCGAGGUUGUAUAUACUCCUUCAGAUCUUGAAUUGUACACUAAGUGUACCCUAGUAAGUUUGAGUGAAGAACACGAUUCAAAUGAUCCUGCGAAUGAAGCAAUUAAGUUUUUGAUAGAUAAUGAAUUUCUAUUAUUACAAAAAACAGAAGAAGGUCACAGAUGGGUAGCUACAGCUUUUGGGAAAGCAUGUUUAGCAGCAUCUAUACCACCUAGAGAUGGUUUGUUUCUACUUGAAGAACUUCAAAAAGCAAGACGAUGCUUUGUCUUGGAUACAGAAUUACACGUCGUGUAUCUAGUAACGCCGCUCAAUUCUGGAAAUCAAAUUGGAGCUAUUGAUUGGAUGACAUUUCUAGAAUUAUGGAAGUUAUUGUCAGAAAGUGAACGUAGAGUUGGGCAACUUGUUGGUGUAGAAGAACGAUUUUUAACUUCAGCUAUUAAAGGCAUUGUGCGAUCAGGAAAAUCGCUUAAUAUACAUAGGAGAUUUUAUACUGCAUUAGCUUUACACGAUUUAGUACGUGAAGUUCCUCUUAACGCAGUUUGUAAGAAGUAUGGUUGUUGUCGUGGAGUUCUUCAAACAUUACAACAAUCUGCUUCUACAUUUGCUGGAAUGGUCACACAAUUUUGUAAACAGUUAGGCUGGGACUGUAUGGAAUUACUAGUCUCACAAUUUCAAACCAGAUUACAAUUCGGUGUCUGUAGAGAGUUAUUAGAUUUAUUGCGCCUUCCAAUGUUAAAUGGAUUACGCGCAAGAAGUCUUUACAAGCAAGGAAUCACAUCUGUAGCAGAUUUAGCUAUGGCUAACGAACUUGAUGUUGAACGUGCGCUUUACAAAGCACUUCCUUUUGAAAGCGAAAAAGAAUAUGACGGUGAACACGAAUCAGAAGCAGUAAAACGAAAUAAAAUGAGAACGGUGUUCGUUACUGGAAAAGAUGGUCUAACAACUCACGAAGCUGCAAUCAUGUUAGUACAUGAAGCCAGAGCAUUAGUUCAGAAUGAACUAAGAUUGCAAGAUAUGUCGUGGAAACAAAAUGAACAAUCUAGUGUUACAAACACAUCUAAUUCUGAAAUAAGCUUACAAGUGCAGCGAAGCAUACAUCACAGUACGAAGCGUACAGCUGUACAAAUAAAAGUUGAAACUACAUCCAGUAAUUUUGAAAAUAAGAUUAAUUCAAAUCAAAACGAAAUUCUAAAUGAACAUGUAAAGAGUUCAGAUUUAACAAGCCAAAGUAUGAAAAAGAAUAUGAAUUUCAUUGAUGAAAACCAAGGCAAUUGUAAAUCUUAUGAAAAUGAAAAAUACAAAGUUAAUACAAAUGUUAUAAAAAAUUUUAUAGAUUCUAAAUGUGAUUUAGAAAACAAUAUGAUAGAAGAAGGAAAGAACGACGAUAUUAAACUCACUGAUCAAUUAUUACAAAUAGAUACUCUAGAAUUAUUGGAUUCUCCAAUAGAGAAACUUUCAUUUGAUUUCUUUGAAGAUAGCAAUCCUAAAAUAAUACAUAAAUCUCAGGAAAUGCGAAAUAGUGAAUCAUUAAUAAAUUGUAAAAGCAAUAAAAAGAAUCGCACUCAAAAUUUUACAAUUCAGCCUUCGUUAAACGAUGUACAAAAUGCUCCAAGUGUAAGUAAUACAUCUGUUAAGAAAAUAAGAAUUUCAAAUGAAACAGAUACUGUAAUACCAACUUGCGUAAAUACAAUUACUCGUAUAUCCAGUUUCGAAAAUGAUAUACAACCAACAGUUUCUAGAAGUCCUAGUCUAUUCAAUGAUAGUUUGAAGCUUGAUACACAAAUUUGUAAUGCUCUUGAACAAAAUAUUUUUGAUUCUCUACAUUUCUCCGAAUUUGAAGAUUCUAAAUUAUCUGAAGAUAGAGUAGCAACAGAAAAUAAAAUAAACAGAAAAUUGCAAGCCACACAUAGUAUUUGUAACGAAACGCAAACGAAGAAAGAUAUAACAGAUAAAAAUAUAGAUAGUACUUCUUUGAACUUUUCAACUUUACACGCAAAACAUAAUUCACUUUCCUGGAAAGAUGAUUCUUGGAAUGAACCAAAAAAAAUAACAGAGAAGUUAAAUCAGAUUCAAGAUAAAAAUAAUGAAGAUGUAUUAGUUAAAUGUAACAUUAGGAACAUAAAAAAUACAAAUGUACAUCUUACAGAAACUGCUGAAGCAAGUAACUCUACGCCAAAAAUGAGAAACAAAUAUGACACGAAUCUCGAAAAGCCAAUAAGUACUCCCGAUAACUUAAAAAAAAUUACACGAAAACGCGUAUUCAAAGAUAUAUCAGUUGUAAAAUCACCCAUGGCAAAUGUCAUUCUUUUUAGUAAAACUCGUGCAACCUCUUUAGAUUCUAAUAAAUCAGAUUCUGAUGAUAUUGUUAUUGCUUCCCAAAAUGUGGAUUCACCAGCUACAAGUAUCAAAAUACGAAAUAAAUUAAGUUAUGAAAGAAAGCAAAGAAUAUGUACUCAAAAAAUUCCAAAGCAAAUGUCAGAUGAUGCAAAAUAUACAAAUAUUAUUUCAAAACCAAUACGAGAUGAAGAAUAUAAAAUUAAAGCAACAUUAAAGAAAAUAUUUUUACAAAAUGUUUUAACUAAUAAAGAUUGUAGUACAGAUAGUGUAAUCUCGAAUUCAGAUGAAGGUACACCUAUAAAAACGGCAAAUAUUUUGCAGAAAUCUAAAAUUAGUUUAAAAAGAACUCAAACAAGUUCUAGGAUGUGCUUACAAACUAAUGAAUUUGUAGGAAACAUGGAUGAAGAGGUUAAUUGGAAUACAAUAAAUAUUAUAAAAGUCGGAAGCGAUAGGCCCACAUUUAAUUUAUUCAAACGUGAAGUAAUGCAGAAACGAUACAUUGCUCUAGCUUUAAAUUGUGAAUUGUAUAAUAAUGAAACAAAUAAUAUAGGCACUAAAAUUAUUGGUUCUAUCAAUACCGAAAGAAAAAAAAGGACUAAAAGAAUUGAAAAUUAUGUACAUGCAGAUAAAAAAUUAUGUGGUGUUGCUAUUUCCUGGGAAAACAAUAUUGCAUACUAUAUUUCCUUCUCAAAUGAACAAGAUUUAAAAAUCCCAGCUAAGGAACAAAUGAAGCUAUUAAAAGACUUGCUUUCUAAUACACUUUUAUAUGUACAAUGUUUUGCAACUAAAGAAAUCUUUAAAAGCUUGUAUGAAUGUUGUGGUAUUAUUGCAAAUUGUAAAUUUUUGGACCCCAAAACAGCAAGCUGGUUAUAUGAUGGGAACACAUAUGAAAAAACUUUUAAUGAAAUGGUGAAGGAACAUUUUCCACAAGGUUGCUUUAUAACUAAAAGAAUAGGUGCAUGUUAUGAUAUAGGACCUGGUUUGAAUAUCAAAAGUACAGUUCCAGGAGAAUUUAGAGCAUCUACAGAAACAGUACUUACAUGGCACAUUACAGACUCACUUUUAAAUAAGCUAGAGCAAUUAAGUCCAACAUUACUGUACACGUUUAAAGAGAUUGAAAUGAAAACAGUGACCUUAUUAGCUUGUAUGGAAUUAACUGGCUUAGGUGUAUCUUUAAAAUCAUUACAAGAUUUGUCUUCUGCUAUCCGCGCAGAAAUGACAUCGUUAGAAGAACGGGCUUAUGCAUUAAGUGCUAAAAGAUUUAAGUUUUCUUCAUCUAAAGAGGUUGCAGAGAUUUUAGGUCUAUAUAAAAAGAAGAAAAUCAGUAUUAAUAAAGCAAUAUUGGGGAAUAGUGAUCAUCCCAUAUCUAAUCUUGUUAUGUCCUGGCGUAAAUUAAAUGCAACUCAGUCUAAAAUUGUCUAUCCAAUAUUGAAUAUGGCUCAACAUAGUUCUCGUAUUCGCGGUAAUUGUGUAACAUGUACAUUAACUGGUAGAAUUUCAAUGCAUGAACCAAAUUUACAAAAUGUACCAAGGGAUUUUAGUUCCGAAGAUAAUAGUUUUACUAUAAGUGUCCGAAUGGCAUUUAUACCAGCCAUAGGUAACGUUAUACUGUCCGCAGACUAUUGUCAGCUUGAAUUAAGAAUAUUAGCUCAUUUUUCAAAAGAUGCUACACUGUGUGACAUUAUGCGGAAACCAGGUGAUAUUUUUAAAAGCAUUGCCGCAAGUUGGAAUCAUGUAUCUGAAGAUCAGGUUGAUGAUAAAAUGCGUCAAUAUACAAAACAAUUAUGUUACGGAAUGAUUUAUGGUAUGGGACUGAAAACACUAGCUGAAAGCUUGUCAGUGGACGAAGUUAAAGCCAAAGAAUUUUUGGAAUCUUUUAUGAAUGCAUAUCCAAGUAUAUCAAAGUGGUUGAAUAAUGUACUACAAGACGCACGUACAAAUGGAUAUGUAACAACUAUUUUGGACAGACGUAGAAUGUUUCCUGGAUUGACAAGUACAAUCCCAGCAGAAAAAUCGCAAGCCGAACGUCAAGCAGUAAAUACUACAAUUCAAGGGUCUGCAGCUGAUAUUGCCAAAAAAGCAAUGGUAAAUAUAGAAGAAAGAAUACGAUUCGAAUUUCCAACUUCAGCAGCCAUUAUGUCUACUGUUAAUUCCACUCGUAAAUUAAGAAGCAAUAGCAGAGAAGCACAACAAAGGGGUGGUUAUUUAAUAUUACAACUUCAUGAUGAACUUUUGUAUGAGGUAAAUAUAAAAGACUUAAGACAAAUUGCAACAAUAGUAAAAGAAUCAAUGGAGCAAGUAUGUCAACUUGCUGUACCAUUAACUGUAAAACUUAAGGUAGGACCAGCAUGGGGGGAUCUUUCUGAAUAUAAUUUAUAA